AACGGUGUACGAAAAGACUUUUUUUUCUUUAGUUUUUCGUUACACGGCACGUGUACUUGAGUGCAGGCCUCGAGCUUUGCCGUCGGAUGAUCAGAAAUCUCGUGGAGGAAGAUGGAUGGCAAGCGCCUGAUUUUCGGGCUCGUUGGGUGACUGGAAAGUUGCGGUGCGUGUGCUGCGCUGGGUGCGUCGCCGUCACGCCAUUCCAGCCCACACCUGAACCGUGCGUGUGACUGCGUAAAUAGCCGGACAAACGAGUUUAGCGUCGUUAUGCACGAGCGACCGAAAGGGGGUUAUUAAAAUACAAUGAAGGCUUUGAGAGCGUCGCCAUCAAGCUUUUGGUUGAUUUUCUUUUGCCGCAGGAAGACUUUGACGUCGUCCAUCGAUGGUUGAGCGCUCAGUGACGGGGGAUCAACACCGGAGCGCGUCCGGCGGGCAGACGAGCGCCGAAGGAUCCAGGAGAAGAUGCGGCCUGACGAGAGAGCCGCAGCGGCGUCGCAGGUGGACGGCGCGGGCCGAAGUGGAAUAGAUGUGCUCGAACUCGGCAACAUCGCAGACCUUGCCGAUGUCGAAGGACUGCGGGGCAGCCAGUCGGGACUCUCUCAAAGUCCAGUGUCUGCCCACCCACCCGAGUCUCUGCCGGUGGAUUCUCUGUUGAGCGGGACAGCCGCGAGCGACGCCGCCGAUGCGGUUUCGCCCUCGCCAAACUUGGACUUCAGCUCCGACUCGGACUGCGCCAGCGCCGCUUUCGCCGGCGACUCAAGCGAACUCAGCGGAAGGUCCGCGGAAAAGACGGACCGCGUCUCUGCCGUCGACGUCUUCGAGGGCACUGCGGAAAGGGGUCAGGCGAAACACAGAACCGCUUCCGAACCGACCAAAAAAGCGAAGAAUGGCAGCCCGCCGAAGGACGACGACCACGAACAAGAGCGUGGAAGCCCACCGUCCCGGCGCAGCGUCACCGAAGACGUCAGUUGCUGCUUCAGGUCUGUGCACAGGGGCUGUCUGCAGUGCGUGGAGGAGACGCCGGCCAUGUUGUCCGGACUGCUGCUGUCUUUGGCUUUCUGCGUGGCCAUCAUCGUCCUCAUUCCCAGCACGGGAAGGAACAUUGACGUCCACGUGGGAGCGCUGUCGGUGGUGUGCGUGGUUCUGAGUCUGAGCGCCGGCCUGCUCGUGUGCCUACCGUGGCUGGCCACCGUGAGGCGCUGCGCCGGCGCGCUGGCUCUCUUCGUCUGGGGGACGCUGUACGUCACCGCCAUCGUUUUCAUCUUCACCGGAGGACCUGUUACGACGUGGGAACAGGUCGCCUUCUUUCUCUUCCUGUCCUUGAGUGUGUACACAGUGCUGCCUCUCUCACUGGCCUGGGCUUUCAUGGUUGGGAUUUGGACCAGUGUCACACACAUCAUCGUCAUCAGUGUUUACGUCCCGGUCACGAGUCCAGAGACACCAGACUUGGUCGUGCAGCUGGUGGCAAACGGCAUGCUGUUCUUGUGCGUGAACUGCAUCGGGGUUUUCCACCUUUGGACCACUGAGCAUGAUCUCAGGGUAUCCAAUCAGAAGAGAGAGGAGUUCAGCGCCAUCCGCUCCCAGAAGGAAAUAAGGAAAUACCAGCAGGAGCGUCUCCUGCUGUCGGUCUUGCCACGUUACAUCGCCAUGGAGCUGAAAACGGAGGUGAUAAAGAGGCUGACCAAGCCCAAGAGCGACCAAGAAAAGGCCCACAACUUCCACAGCCUGUACAUACGCCAGCACAAAGACGUCAGCAUUCUCUACGCGGACAUUGUGGGCUUCACAAAGUUGGCCAGUAGCUGCACACCGGAGGAGCUCGUCGCCGUUCUCAACAAGCUCUUUGGCAGGUUCGACGACAUCGCCAAGAAGAACGGGUGUCUUCGCAUCAAGAUCUUGGGCGACUGCUACUACUGCGUGUCGGGUCUGCCCGACCCGAUCCCGACGCACGCCAGCAACUGCGUUCAGAUGGGCCUGGACAUGUGCGCCGCUAUCAGUAAACUGCGAGAGGCCACGGACGUGGAGAUCAGCGUGCGCGUUGGCGUUCACACGGGUAACGUCCUCUCCGGCGUGAUCGGCUUGCAAAAAUGGCAAUACGACGUGUGGUCACAUGACGUUACGCUAGCCAAUCACAUGGAGUCCGGAGGCGUUCCCGGGAGAGUUCACAUCACCGAGGAGACUCUGCGACACUUGAACGGAGCGUACCAAGUGGAGGAUGGCGACGGGGGGAGUCGGGAUCCCCUUCUUCGAGGAAGACGGACCUACUUGGUGCUGGACCCCAACCACUCCGACAGCCCGCUCAAAAGAUCCCAAACGGCAAACCUUCUCGGCACUGCUGAGAACAGGCAGCGGGCGUCCAUGCGCAUGUCUCAGUACCUUCAGUCGUGGCAGAACAUCCGGCCCUUCGCCGAGCUCAGCAAUCAUCACGACCGGCGCCCCGUGACGAUGAAUGCGGUCGAAUUGAACCAGCAGCAGUCGACUGCUGAAAGACCACCUUGUCAGAACACCUCCUCCUGCUUGGUCGUAGAUAACUGCGUGAGGGGCUCGCUGGACACGCUGGACACGGCAGGGAGGAGAGGCAAGAGGCUCAACUGUCUGACGUUGCUGUUCAACGACGCGCGCCUGGAGAAGCAGUUCCGACUGUCAGAGGUGAAGGGCGUGCACCAGUCCAUGAGCUGCCUGGCUUUGGUCUUCGUCACCCUUUUUGCCGUCCAGAUGCUCGUCUCGGACAAGAAUUUUGAAUUGGCCGUGUCCUACAGCGCCACCUUCCCUGUGCUGGUGCUUCUUUUGUCCAUUGCGUUCUGUGGCUACUUGCAGAAAUGGCAUUCCAAGGUACCACCGCGCAUCAACUGGAUCUUGGGACUGUCUCGCGGCGUCUCCAUGAGGGCGGCCUUGCGUCUGUUCAUCGUCUGUCUGAGUUUGCUCAUCACGCUGCUCAUGGCCAUCCUCAACUUUGUCUUCAUCCCAGGAAACAACUGCACGGAGGUUAGCGACAGGAGCGCGCUGGAGGGUCUCAAACUCUACACUGUGCCUUACUACCUGUACUGCUGCCUGCUGGCCAUGCUGGGAGUCAUCGUCUUCGUCAGGAUAUGUUUGUCGGUGAAGGCUCUGCUCCUCACGCUGGCCGUGGUGGUUUACUUGGCCCUCUUCCUCCACGUGUACGCCAGUCGGUCGUCCUGCCUCAUCAGCCUGCUGUACGGCAACGCCAGCAAGCCCGGUGUGCUGAAGGACCCUCAGAUCAUGUCCGGUGUUUGGCUGGUCAUCUUUUAUUUUGUCUGCAUCAUUCUGGCAAGACAGGACGAGCUGGGCUGCCGCGUGGACUUCCUGUUGGAACAUUGUUUUAAACUGGAACAAGAGGAGAUGGAGACGGUGGAGAAUGUCAACAAACUUCUCCUCCAGAACGUUCUGCCCCUUCACGUGGCCUCCUUCUUCAUCGGCAAAACUGUCCGCAACCAGGACCUGUACAGCCAGUCGUAUGAGUGCGUGUGCAUCAUGUUCGCCUCCGUGCCUCAAUUUAAGGAGUUCUACACCGAGAGCAGCGCCAACAGGGAUGGUCUGGAGUGUUUACGUUUCCUCAACGAGAUCAUAGCCGACUUUGACGAGCUUUUAUCGAAGCCCAAAUUUUCUUCAGUGGAGAAGAUCAAGACCAUCGGCAGUACGUACAUGGCGGCUGCGGGGCUGACGCAAUCACGGGAUGACAGGAAGAAAUGUGACAUGUCCUACAGUCACGUGCGCUCCGUGGUGGAGUUUGCCAUUGCGCUCAUGGGCAAACUGGAGCUCAUCAACACGCACUCCUUCAACAGCUUCAAACUGCGAAUCGGCAUAAACCAGGGCCCGGUCAUUGCCGGAGUCAUCGGCGCUCAUAAACCGCAAUACGACAUCUGGGGGAACUCUGUCAACGUGGCGAGCAGGAUGGACAGCACAGGCGUGUUGGACAGGAUACAGGUGACAGAGGAGACGGCCCAGGUGGUCCAGAGCGUGGGCUACGGCAUCACACGGCGGGGGCUCAUCAACGUCAAGGGCAAAGGGGAGCUGACCACGUACUUUGUCAACACGGAGCCGUCAUCGCCGCAGUUCUGACCGCUGUCGUUCGGUGCAGUUUGGAGGAGAGACUAUUUGCAACGAGUCUGCCGCAGUGCGCCGGCCAUAGCGGCGAUGUUGAUGUCCGGCGAUGCACAACGGGACGCCUUUGUCUUGGGGAUGAGACACUAAAUAUGAUCCUGAUCGUGCAACUGUGUCUGUAAUUGCAUAUGAGUAUUUGUCUUUUUCCAAAACGUCACACCCUUGACGGUUUGCAGAAUUAAAUGAAGGACAUUUUUUUUUUAUUUUUUCUUUUUUUUGCUGACAGUGAAAUGGUCGACAUCAGUGGUUGUCAAACUUUUUUUACACAAAGUACCACCUCAAAAAAAGACUUGGUAAUCGCAAGUACAAAUUGCAUUGGACUUAAGAGUGAAAUACAACUGAGCUGUACUUAACACAUUCACUGCCACUGACGGCUUUAGAAGUCAAAUAUCCUUGUUAAGUGGGAAGGCUGGCAGCUAACAAAUGUAUUGUCAUGGAUUUUUUUUUUAAAUAUAAUAACAUUAUGCACAGUUUGUACAUUAAAUUCAGUGACUCACGCCUACUGCCACAAUGUCGUGUGAUGGCCAUGCUAGCUUCACUCAUGACGGGCAAACAUGCAGAUCUUUAAUUACUGAACCCCGCUGGAAUAAACUAUAUAAAUUAAAUUAGAAUAGAGAAAACAAUCAGAAUUCCCACCAAUCACUUUCUUAAUACUUCCAAUACUUGAGUACAUUUAAUAUUGGUACAUUUUACUCAAGUAAUCUUCUGUAUUUUAAGAUACUUACACGUAUCACUUUCAUGUACUUCAUACGAGACCGUCCGCAGUACAGCAAAGAAAUGUUGAAAUGGUUAUUAGAUUAUAAUUAUGUAAAAAGAUGUAACAUAUUUAGAUUAUGUAUAUUUGUGCGUGUGUUUUUUUUAACUGGAUAUUGUACAUAAUGUGGAAAUACUAUUUAUGAACGAAUAAAAUUGAAUUUC